GGGUGGGUUAGGGGAAGGAGUGUGUGUGGACGACACACCACACACAUGAGUAAAGAGGUGGACAGAGGAGCUGUGUGUGGAGAGCGCUGAGAGUCUCGUUGUGAUCCAGACAGAGUUAUGUACUGUGCUCAUCCUGCCUCUGGGACAGCCAACAACUCACUGAUGUACUGCUACAACAUGAAGCCAGUUUAUGGGCAGCCUCCCAGCUCUGAUGGCAACUCAACUUCACACUCAUCAAGCAAAGUCCCCAGCAAUGUGUUUGCAAGCACCUUCUUUGAGGGGAUGAGCAAUUCUCCGGACAUCUGGAGCGCCGUAAACGGGCUGAACCAGCAGGGCUAUGAAGGUGCGCUGGGGGCCUCGGCGGGCCACCAAGCACAGCUGGGGAGCUACAGCAGCCUGCAGCCGGCCCACGGUAACCUGGAUUUCUCUCCUCAUUCGGUGCUGGCGGCUGAAAUGAACAGAGGUUUACCGCCGAUGUCCACCUUUCACCGCAACAACACGGCGUCCCGCUCUCCCUCUGACAGCCACUCCGAGAAUCCAGCAGUCUCAGGAAGCCAAGUGAAUGUGUCAGGAGCGUCACAGACAGGCGACACCCUGGGAAAAGCUUUGGCCUCUAUUUAUUCCCCCGAUCACACGAGCAGCAGCUUCCCCUCCAGCUCCUCCACACCAGUGAGAUCUCCUUCCCCGCUCCCAAACGCAGCCGAAUCUACAGGGAACAACUUGUGGCCCCGCAGUUCAGUUCAGCCACCGGUGUCACCACACUUUGAGUCCUCACUUAUAUCUCUGUCUCAGGUGGAGGACCGGCUGGACAGAUUGGACGACGUCAUCCACGUCCUGAGGAACCACGCCGUGGGCCCCACUUCCUGUCUGCCCAGCGACAUCCACAGCUUACUGGGCCAGUCCCACCACAGCCACCCAGCCAGCGCUGCACCGCUCACCUGUCACACUCCAGCAAUGGUCGAAGGCGUCUCCAUGAACAACAAUCACUCAGCCUUCCAGAGCCGAACACAAAAUGGCCACCCGUAUCCGCCCAGACAGAGGAACACAUUCUUACAAGGUGCAGGAGGAGGAGGCGGCGGCUUGGGUGUUCAGAGUAACCUGGAGUUAAAGAUGGAAACCAGGGAAGGGGAGGAGAUGAUGCACACCAACCACGACCACGGCUCAGGCAGCCCGAGGUCCGACGAGGAGAGUGAACACAAAACACACGGAGAGAACAGCGCGCAGAACAGCAUCCACGAGGACGAGGACCUGAGCCCAGAGCAGAAGGCCGAGCGCGAGCGAGAGCGCAGGAUGGCCAACAACGCCAGAGAGCGUCUGCGUGUGCGGGACAUCAACGAGGCCUUCAAGGAGCUGGGCCACAUGUGUCAGCUGCACCUGAAGAGCGAGAAGCCGCAGACCAAACUGCUGGUUCUGCACCAGGCCGUGGCUGUGAUCCUGAGUCUGGAGCAGCAGGUCAGAGAGAGAAACCUGAACCCGAAGGCUGCAUGUCUGCGGAGAAGAGAAGAAGAGAAGGCCUCCAGCAUCAUGUCGGAUCCACAGUCUGUACAUCUCGCUUUCCAUCCGAGCCUGACGGACCCGUCAAACCCCAUGGGUCACCUCUGAGCACCUGAUACAGACAACUCAAAGUCUCACUUAAAGCAUUUCAUUCAUUUACAUCAACGAUCAGUUUAAAUCACUCUACAAACUGAUGCAACGACUUUCAAAAGUGUUCCUACCCCUUGAACUUUUUACACAUUUUGUCACAUUACAUCCACGGGCUGCAAUGGGUUUUGUUGAAGUUUUAUUGUAGUUGUGAUUUGGAGGGAAGAUGACAUAGUUUUAAAUAUUUUAUACAGAUAAAAAUUAGUAUUCAGCCCCCGAUGGUCAAUAAGAUCUUUUGGGCACAACAAAAGACUAAAAUUUUUGCCCAUUCUUCUUUGCAAAAUAGUUCAAGGAAAUUGGGGCCUAACAAUGUUAAUGUUUGUCACUGUAACAUGACAAAAUGUAGAGGAUUUUCAGGGAGGAUGAACAUUUUUGCAAGGCACUGUACAUGCACGAUAUUUGAUCAACAGCCAACACUUUGGGAUAAACUUUCACAAUACAGUUAAAUGAUUUGUAAUUGCUGCGUUUUGGACGAAUCAGUUCAAAUUCGUCCAGAGCGGCUUCCUGAUCAGAAAGUGUGAUGCAAUCGAACAAUCAUUUCUCCUCUUCCCAAACAGAUUUUUAUAACUUUGUGCCUAAACACGACUCGCAUCAGACAAAUGCAUUGUAAGCUGCAGGUGUUUUGUACAUAUUUUGUAGUUUUAUUUGUGUUGCAGUACAUCAGAAUGGACUGGAGAGUUUCGUGUGCAGUCUAAAAUUGGCAAACAGGUUUGUUAGUCAUAUUUUCACAAAGCUCAUUGGGCAGACUUUGUCACGUUUUGUUUUUAGGCAACAUAUUUCAUUUUUCCUGUGGGCUCGGUGUGAAUGUGUGUGUGAGAGAGUGUGUGUGUAAAUACUGCAGGGGUUUGAACAUUCUGUGAAUGAACAGAUCUCCAGGAAUGUUCUUUUUAAUCUCACAUGGACAUCCAUCCUGGUCUGUAAUUGUGUUUUUAUAUUUCUUUAAUGCACUGCUAACAGGAUUUUAGUUUCUGUAUCUCCGGUGGACAUAAUCCUCCUCCUUGUAAUUAUUGCUCCGCAGAUGUAGUCAAACAAACCCUGUGCAUGUUUAAGUUUUGAACUUAAAACACAUAUUUUUAAGUUAUAAGUUAUCUUUUAUACAAAUAUUGUGAACUUAUUCAUAUGUCUUGAUGUGCUUUUAACUAUUAUUUUAAUCAUAAAGCCUGUUAUUUUGUGCAGUUUACUAGCUGUACCUAAAUUUAAUGCUCUGACCAAUACAGUGUUUAAAAACAAACAAUGUUCACUCACCGCAUUGUUGAACAUAAAGAAACACCAAAAUAAUCUGAAACACUUAUAACAUGUGCAGUAUGUGUACAGUUUGAGUUCCAGGCAUGUGUUGAUAUGAAAAUGUAGCAAUAAAUGUCUUUCUAAAAAUG